AUGAGUAGUAGUAAUAAUAAUGAUUUUGAUGAUUUCUAUGGUGAUGACGAUCAUGAUAUAAAUAUGUUUAGUAAUGAUGCCAUAAGAUCUCAAAAUAAUAUAUUUCCUAUUGGAUAUCAAGAUGGUCUUGAAGAUGGAAAGAAUCAAACAUUACAACGUGGAUUUAAUGAAGGUUUGAAAGAAUCGUCAGAGAUUGCCUACAAGUGGUCAUUGCUCAUCGGUGCCAUCAGCUCCCUCGAUGUGUUCUAUCAUCAUAACAAAUCAAUGGUCAGUGAAGAGCAAUCGAAACUCAUCACAUCGUUGGAGGAUAUGCAAUCAAGACUCAAAGCAAUAUUGAACCUACAUUGCUCACCACCUACCAUAGAUAUGUUAAAAGUGAAAUUCAACAACUAUAGUCAUACUGAUACAACUGAAUCAGAUCUAUCGGCACACCUAUCAAAGGCAACCAUUACAAGCAACAAAGUAGAUUCCUGUUGUAAGAGUAGUAGUAGUAGUAGUUGUUGUGAAGAUGGUGAUGAUAGUGGUUGUUGUGGUGGAAGUAACAACAAACAAUCAUCGAAUUGUAAAUCACAACAACAACAAGAAGCAGAAGAAGAAUCAUGUAAUAGCGAUGUUGAUGGCGACAAUAGUGGUUGUUGUGGUGGUCGUGGAGAUGACGGUGGUUGUUGUAAGAAAUCGGAGGAAGAGGAAUCAACAACAACAACAAUAAAGACAACAACAUUGACAUCAACAUCUGCACCAAUCAUCCACAUUGAAGAGGAUAAAGAGUUGUUUAAUAAGCUAUGUGGAGAAUGCAAAGAGAUAUUCAAUCGAUUUGGAUUGGAUGGUAAUGCCAUCAUCUCCAGCUGCGUAGAGAAACAGUUUAGAGUUAUCAAUACCCAAAAUUAA